AUGUGCUAUCCUGUUAAGCGCUCGUCAUUCCGACAUUUAACAGUCUCAACCAAAUGUUGUCGCUGGAACAUCUCGAAUUCGCAAGGCUUGACCAUCGGAGCUCCACGCGGUCGACUUAAGAACCCUGCAGAUGUCCUCAACUACCUAGACACGUGUGUUCUCAGAUUGAUCACGACAAUCCAAGCACACCACGAGAUUGUCUGCGCGAACCACUCACGGUUGCCUAGAACCAAAGGCGUGGAUCAAAUGCCGAUUUGCAUCGAAUGUCGACAUCCCGUCAAGACGCUAUGGACUCAAUACUCUGGCGCUGGUGACAAGUCCAGCGGGCACAAUAUUCGAUUGACUGUCUGUCGCAACUGCGGCCGAUUUUGUGACAAGUAUGUGGAGCACGACUUCGUCGUUCUCUUCAUAGACCUGGUUUUGAUCAAACCACAAGUCUAUAGGCACCUCCUCCAAAACACCUUGAUGCGAGAUGGCGAUCGAUUCGAUCCUUCGAUAAUCCGGCUCGGUGUUCUUCUACUGCUGUUUGAUGUCUACCUAACGUGGGCCCGCAUUGAAAAACAGACAGUGCCAACUAUAGUUCCUGGUGGGAGUAAUCUAGGCAGGCUCGCGCAACAACCUAUUGUGGUACAAUAUCUCUUCUUCCUGAUCUUAUGUGCCCUAUCGACGCUGGCCUUUCAUCUAAGCAUCCGGUUUCUUACCUGCUCACUAUUUUCACCUCUAAAUGUAUUUGCGAGUAUGCCGCGACACGCACGACCCAACUCGGUAUCAACCGCGCUUCUAGUCUCAUCAUCAACGAAGCUAUUUCCUAUCUUGAUGGUCAUAUGGGAGUACGAUGUUCCAGCUGCAGCCAGAUCACUGGGCUGGGCUGUAGUUGCAAAUAAUGUUGAGGCUCUCCGAAUCUUAUUAGACUCUGGUGCAGCGUCGAGAUGGGCUGUGGGAAGACUGGUAUUGACCGCGGCUGGCCUUGGGGAUGUAGACUCCAUCGGCGAAAGUAGUGUCGCUGCGGACGGGAAAGCUCUCUGGGCUUUGGUGAUGUUGGCAAGAGACUGGGCUGGCCGAUUAGCUGCAAAGGCUUCAAGCAUUAUCCCUCACAAGAGCCGAUCGAUGUAG